AUGGCGGCGGCGGAGGGCCCGGGCCCGGCUGGGCCGCGGGGCUCGGCGGAGCCCGACGCCGAGGGGAUGGGCCUGACGGACCUGCCGGGCGAGCUGCUGGAGCUGAUCCUCUGCUGCGACGUGCUGGGAGCCGCCGACAUCGGGCGGGUGUCGUGCACCUGCCGCCGGCUGCGUGAGGCGUGCCAGCCCCGCGGCAAGGUGUGGCGGGAGCGCUUCCGCCUCAGGUGGCCAUCACUGCUGAAGUACUACAGCCACACAGAUGGUGUCAGCUGGCUGGAAGAAUACAAAGCACGGCACAAUGCUGGUCUGGAAGCCCAGAGGAUUGUAGCUUCCUUCUCCAAAAGGUUCUUUUCAGAACAUGUGCCCUGUGAUGGAUUCAGUGACAUUGAGACUCUGGGCUGCCCAAGUCACUUUUUUGAGGAUGAGCUGAUGUGUAUCCUUAACAUGGAAGGAAGGAAAGGUCUCACCUGGAAGUACUAUGCAAAGAAAAUCCUCUACUUCCUGCGGCAGCAGAACAUACUGAAGAACCUGAAGGAGUACCUGCAGCGCCCUGCCGACCGGCAGUCCUUCCUGGAGGGUGCUGUUUUAAUUGACCAAUACUGUAACCCCCUGUCAGACAUCUGCUUGAAGAGUGUGCAGGCACAGGUGGAUGACAUCACCGACAAAGUGCGCCGAGUCCUGCGGACCAAAAACCCGAGGCACCCCAGCCUGGCUUCCAAGGCAGGAGAAGUGUUGGUUCCAGAAGUGGAGCUGCAGCGGCAGGUGCUCGAUGCUAUGAAUUGUGUCCUGUAUGAGCAGCUAAAAUACAAAGGAAAUGAGCUGGAUUACUACAACUCCCUGAAUUCCUACAUCCACCAGGUUUUGAUCCGCAGGACAGGAAUUCCCAUCAGUUUGUCUGUGCUUUAUUUAACAAUUGCCAGGCAGCUGGGAGUCAAGCUGGAACCAGUCAACUUCCCCAGCCAUUUCCUGCUGCGAUGGUGUCAAGGCAAAGAAGGAAGCACAGAUAUUUUUGACUACACCUACAUCGACGCCUUCGGGAAGGGGAAGCAGCUGACGGUGAAGGAGUGCGAGUACCUCAUCGGCCACCACGUCACAGAGGAGUUCUACGGAGUGGUGACUUCCAAAGAGGUCUUGCAGCGAAUGGUGGGAAACCUCCUGAACCUUGGCAAGCGGGAAAGCACUGAUCAGUCUUACCAGCUCCUGAGAGACUCCUUGGAUCUGUACCUGGCCAUGUACCCAGACAACGUGCAGCAUCUGAUGCUCCAGGCCAGGUUGUACUUCCACCUGGGAAUCUGGCCAGAAAAGGUUCUGGACAUCUUGCAGCACAUUCAGGCUUUGGACCCAUCCCAGCACGGGGCUGUUGGUUACUUGGUCCAACACACCCUGGAGCACAUCGAGCGCAGGAAGGAGGAGGUGGGGCCCGAGGUGAAGCACCGAUCGGACGAGAAGCACAAAGAGGUCUGCUUCUCCAUCGGGCUGAUCAUGAAGCACAAGAGGUAUGGCUAUAACUGUGUGAUCUAUGGCUGGGAUCCUGCCUGCAUGAUGGGCCACGAGUGGAUCCGGAACAUGAACGUCCACAGCCUUCCACACGGCCCCCACCAGCCCUUCUACAACGUGCUGGUGGAAGAUGGCUCCUGCAGAUACGCUGCCCAAGAGAACCUGGAGCACAACAGCGAGCCGCGGGAGAUCCCUCACCCCGACAUCGGGCGCUACUUCGCCGAGUUCACCGGCACUCACUACCUGGCCAACGCCGAGCUGGAGCUGCGCUACCCGGAGGACCUGGAGCUCACCCGUGCCACAGUCCAGAAGAUCUACAGCUCGGGCAAGGAGUGAGUGCAGAAGGCCCCCUGAGGACAGCAGCAGCUGGAGUGUAGCUUUACCCUCGUUUGCAGAACUCGCCACGGAAGGGAGAGUUCGGGGACAAUCCUUUGGCUUAAUGCAUUGGAGACUGCAUUGGGCUUCUGUAACUGGUGCAGGAGCAUCUUCCCACUGCCUGCCUGCCCAUCCUGCCCCGAGGGCACAGGGACACCUUGGUAGCUGAGGCCCAGCAUGAGGAUCUUGCAGGGACAGUCGUGCUAGGAAGCACAUCAUCCUUCAGAAGGGGCUGCACACAGUACUUGUCCUGUGGUUGUCCUGCCUGGAAGGUCCAUGCAGUGAGACCCUUGGUGUGGACCAUGGAAGAGCCUCCUCCAGAGAAGGAGCCUGCUUGUCCCUGCAGUGCUGUGGGCUUGGUUUGGGUGUUUUCAGUUGGCUGUGUUUAAUUUUUUAAUGUAUAUCUCAUGCAGGUGAUAGUUUUUAAAGUCUCUGCCCUUUCACUGCUGUCUUCUUCAGUCUGAAUUUGUGGUCAGAGCUGGCUUCAGCUCUGUU